AUGGUCUCGAUCAUGAAAGUACUGACUGUGUUUGUGUGCAGUGUCCUGUGCAGCAUCGCGUCGGUGCACUGUGCAGAGCAAUUCAACAUGUCACAGUACAGGCUAAUGCCACGGGUGUUUCAUUUCGACGACUAUGACGAGUGUCUGCGGGACGAUCCGUCCGUGCCGGAUGUGUACUGCAUGGUGAAGGCAGUCGUGCAACCAAACGCAUCCUCCCCUGCCUGGAACGUAAUUGCUGACUUCUCGAGCAACUGGAAGCAACAUCUUAACCACGCUCAUCUUGACCGAGGCCUUUGUCUCAGCGGUUGCAUCCGAAUGCUAGCUGAGCUUGAGCGAGACAACGUCACGGAGCAGGAGCUAAGGUCGUUGGUCGUUCCCAAGUUUAAGAUUGAUUUUCCGUACAUCAUCAAGAAUGGCACGUUCCGGGAUGUGGACACGUAUCGUCGCAACUACUCCGAGCUAUUCGCUAAGUGCAUAAACUACGAGCUGCAGCAGAAGCAUGGUUUGCGUGCUUAUACCGAAAUCGAAUACUGCGACAACAACAAGGAAUCAUAUCCGAUCGACAAUUUGGAAAUUGCUUUCCUGGUCGUUCUGGCUGUUCUUUUUCUGGUGGUGACUUUCUCGAGCUGGUACGAUCAUCGCUGCAAGCAAGAUCAUGGAUUAGAGCACUAUCAAAACGAGCUUUCCAGUAAAGUCGCCAUGGUGCUGGUAUCGUUUUCCAUCAUCCGCAACUGGUAUCGUCUAACUUCACGUAGCGAUGACCCUCUGAACCGUUCGAUAAGGUAUGUGCAUGCGGUAAGAUUUAUGAUUUUCAUGAUGAUCAACAUGGGCCACAACAUUCUUUACGCACAACCUCGAACUGCCAUGGUUAUCGAACGGAAAUUCAGCGAAGUCGAUUCGAUGAUUGUAGCCAACGGAUCACACGUUGUUACCACCUUCUUCGUUAUAAGUGCGCUCAUGCUGGUCCUAUCGUUGGUAAAUAAGCUGGAGCAGACAGGCCGGAAAAUAGGAUUCCUUGAAAUCGUUAUGAUUUCUAUCGCACGCUAUGUACGUCUGACUCCCGUGUAUGCAUUUAUAAUGUUGCUGGAAGCGACGUGGCUCGUACGCUAUCUGGAUGGUCCACUCUGGAGGAAAGGAUUCGAGACGGGUCGAACGUACUGCCGAAAACAUUGGUGGGUCAAUCUGUUGUACAUUAACAAUUAUUAUGCUACGGACGAGCCGUGCAUGCAACACACCUGGUACUUGGCAGCAGAUUUUCACUUGUUCGUGUACGGUUUAGUAGUGUGUGCCGUAGUCCUGCGCUACCCUAAGUACCGGACGUACAUACUGUCCUUCCUGCUGCUGGUCUGCACAAUGAUUGCCGCCAUCGUUGUUUACGUGAACGAGUACGAAGCCGUGACGUUGUUACCACCGGAACCGCUCCGAUUUUUCUACUGGUACUGGGACAUGUACCAAGGAACGUACCUGCCGACUCACAUGUACUUGGUCAAUUACACGGCCGCCAUUAUGGGUUCUUUCUAUGUGCUCCAUCUGCAGCGAAAGAACUUCAAAACGCCAAAGAUGUUUUCAUUACUGUGGCUGCUCGGUAUGUUGGCGAUGCCCGGAACAUUCGCAGCCGGGUACUUCAUCUACAGCAACCUGUUCGAGACACCGUCCGUGUGGAUGGCGCUUGUCUUCCCACUCGGUCGCCUACUCUACACCGCCCUCAUGUUUCUGCUCACCGUCGGGUUUAUCUUCCGCGCCAGCAAACCCAUCCUGCGACUGCUCAACAUACACUUCUUCGGCAUUCUCGGACGGCUUACGUACUGUGCGUACCUGUGUCACUUUUUCAUCACUCGUGCGACUUCCUUCGGCACCAGACGGUUGGCGAAUCUGGGCGUAUUUGAGAUGAACACCUCGAGCUGGUCGACGCUGGUAAUGUCGUACGUUUUCGGCUGGUUGCUUUGCCUGAUGCUUGAAUCACCAUUUCUUGCUCUGCAGAAGAUUCUUUUCGAAAGCUUACACGGCAAGCAGAGAUCGAACGCAAAUGGCAAUCAGCAUCUGCAGGAUAACCUUCAAACCCCAUCCGCUUUUAUAGGCGCGAGCACGCUCAACGGAAAAGCACCGACAAAUGACGAAGAAUCGUACGCGAAUUCUAUGGAACAGCAGAGACUAUAA